CUUUCCACCUGGGAGUUCUCAAGUCUCUAUAUAUCAAGGUCCUGGACAACAUUUGAUUUGUAAUUAUGAUGUUCCCAUUAUGUUUAAUUCCAAACUUGAUUUUAUUAAGAAUUUAUUGGAACUCAACACAGAUGCUUCUGUUAUUGGUGAUGCGUUUGAGCUAAAAGAAUGUACUUCUACUGUAGAUAUUUUGUUGGACAGAUGUUUCAAGUUGAAUAUUACUCCAAAUUUUAAUUUGCCUCAAUACCACCAAACUGAUCAAAAUAAAAUUUCAAACCCAGAUCUCUCAUCAUUUUAUGUACCCACUUUACUACAUUUUGCAGCACACUAUAAUCUUGUAAAGUUUAGCAUAGCACUUUUAAAAUGUCCAGGAGCAGCACAAUUACUUGUGACUAAAAAUUAUAAAGGAUUAACUCCAAUGGACAUAGCAGCUGCAAAUGGUCAUUUAGAAUUGACAGGUGUUUUGUCAAGAUUUAUUGAUAGCAUUACAAAUCGAGAAGACUUUAAACAAUUUGUUUCCAUUACACCAAAUACAGAAGAUUAUUAUAGUAUUUAUGAAAUCGCGGAGCCCAAUGAUAGUGGUUUGAAUGAUAAAAGAAACAGUAUUUCAUCAAGGAUCAGUACUUCCAGUAAUGACAGUGGCAUUGAAAGUAAAGAUACAUAUGUUUCUCUUGAACUUCAGUCAUGCUCUAAGAAUCACAAGGAAAAGAAAAUUUCAGGGGCACAAGAAAAAUCUCAAAUCUUUCAAAGAGCUGAAGAUGAUAUUUAUGAUGUGCCACCAGCUAAAACAAAAAACCUACUUGAUAGAACAAUCAGUUUACCAGCAAAUGUAUUAGUACCACCUGUACCUGAUCGGCUACCAAAUGUGAAUUUCUCUGAUCGUUCAGUAAAACGAUUAGUACCACCAUCACCUGAUAAAAGCUUCUUACUCAAUAAAUACAACGAUUUGCUUAAAGAGCAAUAUAAAUAUAGCAGUCACGGUGAUAGUGAAGAUGUUUAUGAAAUAAUGACUUCGCCUUAUGAUCUUGAUCAAAAUCCAUCUAUAUAUGACAAGCCCAAGUCAUCUAAAAAUGCAGACAAGAAUGAUGCAAUUGAAAUCAAAAAUAUUUGUGAGGAGAUAUAUGAUAUUCCUCCAUUAAAUAAUCAGUCUCCAUUGAACGUCCAAUGCAACAGAAAUCAGCACUUGAAUAAUAAACAGCAGGACAGUCAGAAAUCAAUGUUUAGAAGACACACUGCACCAAAUUCAACACAUACAUCUAAUGGAACAAUCACUGAUUCAAAUAAAAGUUCACAAAAACAAAAUGAUACUACAGAUUAUUAUGAACUGAUGAGCAGCUCUUAUUAUGCUUCAUCCAACAAACUUGUUCAACAAAACAAUCCAGCGUGUGAUAAUGAAGAUUUGUAUGAUAGUCCCACAAAAACUGCAGAUUCAGACAAUGAUGAAUAUGUAGAGGUUAAUGAAUUUAGUACAGACUCUGAUACAAUAUAUGAUGUUCCUACUGAUACUUUUCAAUGUGGUCAACACAAAAAAAAUCCUAAUUUAAAAAAAUUACCUGAUAGAAUUUUUGUUUCACCCCUUAAAAUAAACAAAGAUGAAGCCUCAAUUGACACAUCAAGUUAUCAAAAAGCCGCAAGCACAACUAGAAGACACAGUACACCAGUAUUAAGUGCUGAUGAUAUAAGAAAUUUCAACAAUUUAAGUCGACCCCCUGUUCUUCCACCCCGUCAAGUUAAUAACUUUACUUGCUCUCCUCGCUUGCCUCCACCGAGAAAGUAAGUAUUACGGAAGAGUUAUCGUUAUUAAUCGAUAAUCGUUCAUAAUGUGAAAAACGAUUACUAUUACUAUUAUUAUUAUUUUUUUGAUGAAAUUUUUUUAAUUUAAUUUGUAAAAAAAUGAAUUUAGUAAGUACUUGAUUUUUAUGCUGAUGUUGUAACUAUAGUAAUUUUUUAUAAUAAUUUUCUCAAAAUUUUUUUAUUAA